UUUGUUGUUGUUGUUUGUUUGUUUGUUUUAAAAAUAUUUGAGGGUGUUUUUUGCGUGGACGUCUGCUUAUGCGUAACUUUUUUCUUUUUUUGUAAUUAUUGGUUGUAGUAAUUAUUUCCAGUGUAGAAACUACACGUUCUAUAAACACUCCCUUACUAGAAAACAGUUUAUUUUUAUUCCACAUAGUGUUUCUUAAAUAUAUUCACUAUUUCCGCAAGAAUAGAAACAAAAGUUCUGGCAGGAAUAAAAUCAUUACAAAUAAGCGUGUGUUAAGCUGUUAGGAAGGUAGGAGAAUACAGCCAGAAUGCCCGGAUGUGAGGGCGGAAUCUGAUUUGUCCACACGAAGAAUAGUUAACGUAGCUCAAGAAAACGGUUGUACACCUUCACAUUUUUUUGGUGUUUAAAUACAAAUACAUACAAUAAAUACAAAUAAAAAUUAGGUUUUUUUUAAUCCAGCCAUUCAAAUGUGUGAAUUUAGUAACGAUAGACGGCAACCAUUUAUUUAUAAUGUUUAUAUUUUUAUAAAUUACUUUAAUAAAACAACAACCAAGUUGUCUCAAGUAUAAAAAUGAUUUCAGUAACCUUUGCAUACCUGAUAUCAUACGAGUGUAUCACAAAUCAAAUGUGAAUAUUUGUCGAAUAAACACGUUUAAAGCCCACAGAAAGGGACGCUGGGAAAUGUAGUUUAACUACAUAUCUUUUAAUCCGGUCGCAGGAUUAAUUAUCUACUUCCGCGUGUGACGCAGCCAAAUUUUAGCGCCCGUUAAACAUCAUAAAAUAUUAUUAUACAAUAAAAAUCAUUAAUGAAUGUUUGUGUACGAUAUGAAAUACUUGAAUGUUUUGUAGGGCAGGGAGUGAAGCCGAUGUACAGACUACACUUCCUGUGUGGCUGUUUAGCAUUGUGGUAUUUGUAGUUCUUUAAACACCCCUUAGUCUGUUUGUGUCCAUAAAAAGGACUACAAUUCCCAGCUGUGUUAUGUAGCUGUCAUUAGGGGUUUCGUCUCCAGUUCAGGUUUCCGAAGUCGCCUUCUUCAUCGCAGGUGCUAAACAAAUGGUUUAAUUUGACAGUCUGUUUAUUUUUGAUAAGAGCCGUCCAUGAUGGAGGAUGAAAGCAGAUCCAUCCACGAGCAAAGGUUUGCCGCUGCGGUCAAAGUGAUCCAGAGUUUACCUUCAAACGGUUCCUUUCAGCCGUCCAACGAAAUGAUGCUGAAAUUCUACAGCUACUACAAGCAGGCGACUCAGGGGCCGUGCAACAUCCCCCGCCCGGGGUUCUGGGAUCCCGUCGGCAAAGUCAAAUGGGAUGCAUGGAACGCACUUGGAGACAUGCCAAAGGAAGAGGCCAUGACGGCGUACGUGGAUGACCUCAAGCUGAUUCUUGAAAGCAUGCCCAUGACUGAGCAGGUGGAACAGCUGCUGCAGGUUCUCGGGCCGUUCUACGAGCUCGUAGACGAGAAGAAGAAGAUCAACCAUGUUUCAGACCUGACUGCAGGCCUCGGCAGCGUGAUGUCGGCGCCGUCGAAGAGCGUCACGAAAAGCAUCAUCAGAAGCAUGGAAAUGAACGGCACCUUGGACGGCCACGGUCCUAACAAAGCAGAAGCCCCGGAGAUCAACGCAAACGAGAUUAAGGAGCAGGAGGACGGAGGUGAGGAUGAUGAUGACGACGAUGAUGAUGAUGACAGUGGAGAUGACGAGAAUGAAGAGGUAGAAGAGAGCGAGCAGCUGAAAAAAGCCUCCGCCGUGAAGAAAAAGACCUCGGCUGGAAAAGGACUUCAGAAUGGCGGUAUAGGGCAUAACGUGUCUCCCGUGACCAACGCCACACACUGCUCCAAAUCCGCUCUGAAUGGACAAGACACAGAGGAGAACGACGGAGAGAUCCAACACGUUAACGGCCACACUACAGAUGAUAAUGAAGACGUGCGCGGCGCUCAUCACGUGGCCUCGGACUCGGACAGCGAGGUGUACUGCGACUCCGUGGACCAGUUUGGCAUGGAGGAGAUGUUGUUUAUGCGUGUGCAGCAGAGCGGUGAUUCUCACAUUUCCUCUCUGGAGGAAAGCUGCAGCACUCGGUGUUCUCAGGAGGAGCCGCAGUCGACCCACAGAGAGUCUGCGAUCCUGCUGAGAGGACCGGAUGGCGUUCAGCACGGAGGAGAAGACGGGAAGACGAGUGGUGGAGGAGGAGUGCAGAGAAACAGUCUGAGCAUGGGCAGACCCGGGAGCUCUCUGACCAGGAGAGGACGAGGGUCCAGGUCUUCAGGCUCGGGGUCAGGGGUCACAGGGUCGUUACAGGGUGCAGGAGGUGACGGGGAGCGCUGGGGGUCCGACGGAGCCGGAGGCAGCGAUCUGAACGAGCAGAUCGUCACGGCUUUAACGCGGCUUCAAGAGGACAUGCAGAGCGUCCUCGAGAGACUGCACACACUCGAGGCUCUUACUGCCUCACAGGCGAGAUCAGCGGCCUUGCCCUCAGAAUAUCUGCUGCCACCAGCCAGCAGGACUCACAGGAAGUCGUCCUGGUGGCCGUUUUCCGUUUCCCCGGGCACUGUGGCCUUCGCUCUCGCCUGGCCUUUCAUCGCACAGUGGAUCAUCCGUCUGUAUUUCCAGAGACGGAGAAGAAAACCCCGCUGAGACGCCGUGGCAUAGAGGUGCGUGCGGUAUAGAGGCCGGCGUCCUCUGGCGCAUCUCGUCUUUCUAACUCUGGCUUUUGCACUACGAUACGAUGAAGACGCUGAGAUUCGUGAGCAUCGGAAACAAACCGAUAGAUGAACGUGUGCCGCUUCUUAACGCUUUUUUGUACGGUUUUUUUUGUCUGAUAUUAAGUGCUAAGAUCUACAUAACCUGCUUGGUUUUAGAAAUGAGAAAUGUAAUGAUGUAGUUAAGAGAAAUUCUACACUGUAUUAUUAUAGAUUUUUUUUUUUUCAUAUUGAAAUCUAACAGGGCAUUAUGAUAACACGUUCAUACGGCGCCUGACGUGGUAGAAAUAGACGUGUGGGUCGUUCUGCUUCACCAUAAAGCUGCUAAUAGGCGUCAGCUCUGUAGGGACAUGUAGAAAUGAUACUGUAUAAUCGAUCUACUGUUUGUUUUGUAAUGAUCCGUGUGGCCAUUCCGGUUUGGCUUUGAUCCCCUUUCCGUAAAUCGGGACGAGUUUGCGGCAGAGCCGUAGUGAAUUAACGUUAGAUGCCGGAUGAUGAGUCCUCAGGUUUGAAUGUGCGAGUUAGAUAAGUAGUCAAAGCCAUAAUCACAAACGGUGCAUAUCAGCACUGAUGUAGAGGAGGGACCGUGCAAAGGACGUUUUAAGGAGGAACACACCUUUUUCUUGUCACUGGGGUGGAGAUCACAAGGGGACCUUUAGUCGGUCUGUACAGGAUUUCAUGGAGUUUUUUUUAUUGAUUGUUGUGGCGAAAAAUUCUUGAUUCCCCCCCCCCAAAUUUGCGAUGGAGUGUUUUGCCUUUUUUUUUUUUUUUGAAAACUACUUGAAUCGGCGAAAUCGCAGUCUGUUUUGUGCGUGAUGUUUGUUGGUGAAUGAGACCUCUUAGACCUAUAGUGAACCGAGGAGGGCUUUGGCUGAACGCGCGUUGUGAUGAGGUCACGUGACUCGUCUUGGCACAAACCUGUUGUAAUGUUGAAAGAUUGCACGCUCCUCCGAAUAUCGCGGAGUUUUCUUGAUUGUGCGUUCAUUUCUGGAAGGACUGUCCCCCUCGGUUCGGUCGCCUGCCGAUUCCCACCCUCCGUUCAGAUCUCCGCUAUCAUACGACAGCUCACGUGCUUCCUCCGAGACGACCGCAGGCACACUCGGAGGAAAGCGCUAUCUGCCCUCUUCCACAUAUGUGAGCUCACGGAUGCGCAUAAUUGGCUGCUGUCUCUGUGACUGACAGAGGAGAGAGAGAGAGAGUAUGCCCCGCCCACCCGACGAGCACAGCAAAUUGUACUCCGGCGUUUUAAGUUCACUCGGCACCAUUCUGUGAAUCCCUCCAGGAUUUCACGAUCGCAGAAAUCUAGAAAAUUACCGCAGAUUUGGGCCGAGACGCGUGACGUGACGUGACGCCAUCACGAAGCCCUCUUCGAUUCACGUGCGUCGGACACGAGUACAGCUAAAACUCUCGUUUACCAACAAACCUCGCCGUGAAAGAGCGCGCAGAACAAUUAGUGCAAAUGCAAUUUCGCCAAUUCGAGUAGUUUCCUGCAAAAAGAAGCGCGGAAACCUGAACGAGUGUGCAGAGGCCCAGCAAGAUCGAGUCUUUUUGACUGCAACCAUCACACACACACAAAAAAAACUGUGGGAAAUUCUGUAUGGACCGAUUCUGCCAUGUUAGUCGCUUAUCCAGACCUUCGUAAGCAACGUUACGCAACUCGACUUUUACAAAUUUUAGUUGAACACCAUUACUGUAGUGUCUUUCAUCCGGAAACAUGAACAUAGUGUACCUUUUAAAAAUCAUUUAAGAGGCAUAAAUGGACCUUAAGGAUCACUCUAAAAACAGAGUGUUUGUUUUUUUUUUUUUUUAUACCUCUGGACCAAUCAGGGUGCGUUUCACUCGCAAAUCACGUGAUUUUCCGCCUCCAAAACUACGCCUUCCUCAUCACAGCUCACAUCAAACAUUUCAGCUAGGCUAGUUUGGUUACUUAGCCAAGACUAGCUAGGAUUGCUAAGAACGUUGUCAUGGUUACAGCGUACACGUCGUACAAGUCAUGCUGACCAUUUAUUUAUUUAUUUUCCUCUUCAUCCUGCCAAGUCUCACGUCAAACCGGCCAGACGCGUUUCUCCCAACUGCUGCGUCGCAGGCGAGCGGGACCCGCUCGGAGGAAAGCGCCGUCCAUCCACUUCCACUUCCACGUACGCGAGCUCACAGACGCACACGAUUGGCUAGUGUUUCUGUGAUUGACGGGAGACACAGAGUAGGCCGGAACAGGAGCGUGUAAUUCCUACACAUCAUCAUUACUCUCUGUUGUCUGCAGACGUAUACAGAAACCCCCAUAAACACGUGUAUUAGGGCUUAGCGCUGUACGUUUUGCCAGAAACGAUGUCUGGAAAAAGCGGUGUUUAAUAUAUCCGCACACGAUAAGCGGCACAUCCUAAUUAAUCACACUUUAAUUCUAAGAAAAGUCACGCAAUUAUUGUUCUGAUUAGAAACGCUUUCAAAUAUUUCACGUUUUUUUGUUUUUUUUUUUUAAAUCUGUUAUUAUUUGUCUUUUUUUUUUUGUUCUUUUCGAUUCGUUGUACAUACGCACUAUCGGACAAGGUUUCAGACGGUCCUUCUGUUCAUUAACACGUUUGUGUUAGAUUGCAUAUAAUUGAUGCAUUUCUGUUCACGUUUCUCCUUCAAACCCUGUGUUUUGUUUCCUCUUUAGUGUAAAAUUGUUCAAUAAUGUUAAUAGUUAUUAUAUGUGUAUAUUAGAAAUAGACUUAUAAAUAGAAAUAAACUGAAGUGAUAUUUUCAUUGUAUCAUACUGUAAUGUAGCAUCGGCUUCUUUGGAACAGUAAUUAGAAGAAGAUGUAAGUAAAAGCUGCGUUUUAUUAGAAACACUACCUUUCUACCGCUGACCAGUGCACGUCCUUACCCUUAACCCGAAGCACCAAUAAAAUUUCCGAGAGCUUUUGGA